AUGUCCAUCUUCUCCCUCUGCAUCGCAUUACCAGAGUUCAAGGGAGCGACAUGGCCGACUCCUCCCCUGGCGAUGUCGCUCACUACUGCUUUUGCUGGGACCCUGGAGCUUUACUGCAGCACUUAUCACAUUGCUUCCCCUUCGACCACGGCCCUUGCGGCGUUUAGCCUGCUCAUGUACCUCCACACCAAUGCCGACGGCCUUCAAGACCCAGUGCAUUUGCUACGUGCCCGCGGACUACUGAUGGCACAGGCGAUGCGCAUUCACGCUUAG